AUAAGUAAUAGAUAAGAUAAAAAAGGUUAUUUUGUUUAGUGUUUUUAUAUUGUGUUAAAAUGUUCGUUGAAGAAAAUGAGUUUAUCGUACGAGGACCACACUGUCCAGAAAUAUCAGGUUCUAGUUUGGGGAAAUAUAUCAAGGAUAUUCUUGAAAAGAGGAAUUAUAAUAAAACAUUUUUGGUAGAUGUACACAGCAAUAAAACAAUUACUUAUGGCCAAUUACUAGAACACUCCAUUGUGCUUGCAGAUUUUCUUAGAAAGCUGAAUUAUGGAAAAGGUUCAAUAUUUAGUAUCAGUAGCGAAAACAACUUGUUUUUUUACGUACCAGUUUUGGCUAGUUUUUUCAUGGGAUCGGUACUAGCUCCGUUAAAUCCAAAUUACACUGCAUCAGAACUUCGGCACACCUUAAAUAUUAGUAAACCGUCAAUUGUGUUUUGUUCACAAAAAUCAGCCCCUAAAUUUGCACAGAUGCAAAAUGAACUGCACUUCAUUAAAAAAAUAAUAAUAAUAGACACAAAAAACAACUCAAAAAACAUGUGGUCCUUAGGAGAUAUAUUAAAAAGUAAUAAUUCAGUAAAUUUGAAAGAAUUCAUUCCACUGGAUGGAGAUCCUGCAAAUAUUCCAGCUUUGAUUAUGUGUUCCUCAGGUACAACUGGAUUACCCAAAGGAGUACUAUUGUCCCAGAAAAAUAUAAUGUUUUCCCUAUUUUUGGCGAAUGACGAAAGGUAUUCAACUCUUACAGAAAACGACUGUGUACUUGGUAUCAUGCCGUUCUUCCAUGCGUUCGGCCUUAACGCCGGUUUCAUGGCGAUUGUCAUGGGAUUUACAAUGAUUAUGUUCAGAUAUUUCGAAGAAGAUUUAUUUCUGAAAUCCAUUCAAGACUACAAAAUAAAUAUUUUGUGGCUUGCUCCGCCUUUGGCCGUUUUUCUGGCAAAAAGUCCCAAGGUUCUGAAUUACGAUCUUAGUUCUGUGCAGACGGUGAAAUGUGGAGGAGCGCCCCUGAAAAAAGUGAUUGAAAACGAACUUAAACAAAGGUUAAAGUUGAUUCACAUAAAACAAGCUUACGGAAUGACUGAAACAACGUUAACCAUUACGACUUUUUUACCAAAUGAAUAUAAAGAAGGGUCUGUUGGAACCUUAGUGCCAGGUAUGGUGUGUAAAAUUAGAGAUCCGGAAAUGGGAAAAUCACUUGGUCCUAAUAAAGUCGGUGAAAUAUGUGUUAAAGGAAUAAAUGUUAUGAUGGGUUAUUAUAACAAUGACGAAGCGACGAGAGGCGCAUUUACUUCUGAUGGUUUCUUAAGAACCGGAGAUAUAGGAUACUAUGACGAAGAAGGAUUUUUCUUUAUAGUUGACAGAUUGAAGGAACUAAUAAAAUAUAAGGGAUAUCAGGUUGCACCAGCAGAAUUAGAAUCAAUAAUUAUUAAUCACCCUAAAGUAUUAGAUGUAGGAGUUGUGGGACUCCCUGAUGAUUUAUGUGGAGAACUACCAUUGGCAUUUGUUGUUCCUUAUCCUAAUAAAACAGUGACAGAAAAAGAAAUACAAGAUUUUGUUAAAGGUAAAGUUUCAUCACAAAAACAACUAAGAGGAGGUGUAAGAUUUUUACAAGCAAUUCCCAAGAAUCCCAGCGGAAAGAUUUUGAGGAAGGAACUGAGGAAAAUACUUGAAAAACAAACAUCGAAGUUAUUUAAUGUCUGUGAACUAAGGACUUUUGAUGUUUUCUGCUUCUAUAUAAGUUAUAAUUGCAUAUGUAAAAUGUUUAAUUUAAUUUUUCAGACUAAUAUGUCGUUGAUACGUAGUGGUCCUAGAAGUAUUAUGGAUGAUGAUACUCUUUCGAUGGGAGAGUUAUUCUUCCAUUACUUAAGUACGAGCGAGCCAGGUCAAAUACUUCUGAUUGAACAAAAAACUGGGAAAGAAGUCACUGCGGAUCUUCUUCUAAGUGCGAGUAUUAGUCUCGCUAGGUACUUACAAAAUCAGGGCGUCACUAAUGAAGAUAUUAUUGCCAUAAUAACUGAGAACACAUGGAAAUACUAUGUAGUGUUAACGGCUGGAUUAUUUUUGGGAGUACCUGUAUAUGCCAUUAAUCCAGAUUACAAUUCCAAUGAAUUUGAUCAUUAUCUGAGACUAACAGACCCGAGUUUUAUAUUCGUAUCUUCCCGUUGUUUACCAAAAUUAUCCAUUUAUGCAUCAGAAAACCAGAAAUAUGAGACUAUACUCAUUGACGAUAUAAUUCACGAUACAUUUCAAAAUUUGGAUACUAUUAUCUCCAAAAAUUCCAAUCAAAAGCAAGAAUUCGAAGUAAAAAAAUUAGAUGUAAAUAAAACAGUGGCGUUAAUUCUUCUAUCGUCUGGUACUUCAGGACUACCCAAGGCUGUUAUGAUAACUCAUAACAACUUGAGAAAUUGCAUUGGAUAUAUGAGAGACCCCAGAUUUCUAAAAUGUGAUGAAAAUACAAGGACCAUAGCAGUACUGCCUAUGUUCCAUAUAUUCGGGUUGAUCAUUAAUUUUCCUUGUAUUGUCAACAAAUCCAUGUCCGUACUUUUGAACGGUUUCAAACCUGAUGAAUUUUUAAAAACGAUAGAAGAUUAUAAAAUAACUCACUUAUACGUUGUACCUUCUUUAAUGGGUUUCUUAGCAAAGACACCUCUACUGGAUCAGUUCGAUGUAACGUCUGUUAAAAAAAUUGUAUGUGGAGCUGCGCCUUUGGGAAAAGAAUUGGAAAAAAUCGUUCAAGAUCGAUUUGUCAAUGCUGAUGUUAUCCAAAUUUACGGAUUGACCGAAAUGGGCGGGGCUGUGUCUAUGACAAACGACGACACAAGACACAAAAAGGGUUGUUCAGGAUCACCGGUAUAUGGAGUUUCUAUAAAAAUAACUGAUGUUAAAACUGGGUGCAUUCUUCCGUUUGGAUCGCAAGGAGAAGUUUGCGUGAAAGGUGACGGUACUAUGAAAGGCUACUAUAGAAAUGAGGAGGCGACACGAGAAGUAUUUGAUCAAGAUGGUUUUAUGAAGACUGGAGAUCUUGGAUAUUUUGAUGAGGAUGGGGCAUUAUUCAUUGUAGAUCGAUUAAAGGAAGUUAUUAAGUAUAAAGGUUUUCAGGUGUCACCUGCUGAACUUGAGGAUUUACUUAAGAAACACAAGUCAGUCAAUGAAGUUGCAGUGGUAGGAAAACCUGAUGAAAGAGCAGGAGAAGUACCAGUGGCUUUUAUCGUUAAACAACCAAAUUCGAAAGUUACUGAAGAGGAUUUAGUCAAUUUUGUGUCAGAACAGGUGUCUUUCCAGAAAAGACUACAUGGAGGAAUUAUAUUUACGGAUAAGUUACCGAAAAAUUCAACAGGAAAAUUAUUAAGAAGAGAAUUGAGGGAUAAACUGAGACAAAUGUAGUUAAUGAAAAUUACUAAGUUUCAGCACACACAUAUUAUAUAACAAAUUUUAUGUUACGAAAUACAUAUAAUAUUGAUUUAUAUAUAUUUACUAUUGUAUUAUAAUAAUU